AAAAUCUUAUUGGUUUUAACGAUGAUAUCAAUGGAAAAACAAGUCACUUUAGGAUAGCUUUAUUAAAGUCGCUUUAGGAUUGCUUUAUUGAAAGUGUAAAGAAAUUUCUUGAGCUUUUUGAAUUGGAAAUUUAUUGGAAGCUCACAUCUCUCUAUAUACAGUUUCUAUCAUUGAGGUGCUCAAAGCACAUACCUUCUAUCUCAACAAAAUCAACGCAUCGAUGGCAUCUACAUCGUCUUCUCUAUCUGUGCCGUCAUUAUCUUCUCAGUUGUGGCAAUACCAUGUUUUUCUUAGUUUUAGAGGAGAAGAUACUCGUAAGAAUUUUGUGGAUCAUCUCUACACAGCUCUUGAACACCAAGGGAUCUAUACUUACAAGGACGAUGAAACACUUCCUCGGGGUGAAUCAAUCGGCCCAUCCCUUGAGAAGGCUAUUGAAGAAUCACAAAUUUCUGUCAUCAUAUUCUCUAAAAACUAUGCUGAUUCUUCAUGGUGCUUAGAUGAACUUGUACAUAUCAUGAAAUGCAAGGAUACAAGAGGCCAAAUUGUGAUACCCAUAUUUUAUGACGUUGAUCCUUCCGAAGUUCGAAAACAAAAACGCAAAUACGGAGAAGCAUUUGUGAAACAUGAGCUGGAGAACAACAACAAGGUUGAAUAUUGGAGAAAAGCACUUGUGGAUGCAGCUAAUAUUUCUGGAUGGGAAACUGAGCACAUUGCCAACGGGCAUGAGUCGAAGUGCAUCAAAAAAAUUGUUGACACAAUUUCACAUAGGUUGCAUCCAAUAACUUCAAGUGUGGAUGACAACCUGGUUGGAGUAGAGGCUCGCAUGCAACAUUUGAUACCAAAGUUACAAAUUGGGCUUGGCGGUAAAAGGAUGAUUGGAAUAUGGGGGGUUGGGGGCGGUGGUAAGACUACUCUUGCAUCUUCUAUUUAUGAUGAAAUCUCUAGCAAGUUCGAUGGUUGCUGCUUUCUAAAAAAUAUUCGGGAAGAAUCAAGUAAUAAAGACGGUUUGGAAAGAUUGCAAGCGAAAAUUAUUUGUGGUGUUUUGAAACAAAAACAAGUGGAGGUGGGGAGAGUUGAAGAAGGAAGGCGCAUGAUAAAGGAUAGGUUACACCGUAGAAAGGUCUUGAUUGUUCUUGAUGAUGUCGAGAACCUUGAGCACCUGGAACAAUUAGUUGGAUCCCGUGAUUGGUUUGGUGAAGGAAGCCGCAUAAUAAUCACAACUAGAGAUGAGCAUGUUUUAACUGGACAUAAAGUAGAUGUGAUACACAAUAUUACCUUGUUAAACAAUGAUGAGGCUAUGAAGCUCUUUUGCAAGCAUGCACCUUGUGGCCACAAACCUUUAGAAGAUUACCAGCUUCUUUCAAAAGACGUGGUUUCUUAUGCUGGAGGGCUCCCAUUAGCACUUAGUGUUCUCGGUCGUUUUCUAUGUGACAAAGAGAUGGAUGAGUGGAGAAGUGCAUUGGCUAGACUGAAAGAUAUUCCAGAUGCUGAUAUCUUGGAAAAGCUAAAAAUCAGCUUUGAUGGACUCAACACUGUGGAGAAACAGUUGUUCCUUGAUAUUGCAUGUUUCUUCAGAGGGAGGUAUAAAGAUAACGAAGAGAUAAUGAUGAUACUUAAUGCUUGUGGUUUUCACCCUGUUAUAGGCAUAAAGGUGUUGGUACAAAAGGCUCUCAUAACUAUUACAGAAUAUGGAAAGUUUGAUAUGCAUGAUUUGGUACAAGAAAUGGCACACUACAUUAUUAGAAGGGAACACCCCAACAAUCCUGAUAAACAUAGCAGAAUCUGGAAGGGGGAAGAUGUUCUAAAAAUAUGUGCUAUGGAUGCAACCACGAACCUUGACAAGAUUGAAGCUAUAUAUGUUCAGCGUAUCAGGAGUGACGAAUCACGUGUUCUUCAGGUCACUGCAAACAUGAAGAAACUUCGGUGGAUUGAUUUGAACCUUAAUCUGGCAGAAGCUGAAUCGGUUAUAGUGCCAGAAAAAUUUCCACCAAGGGAGCUUUGUUGUCUAACAUUGAGGUUUCUCAAUGUAAUACAACUUUGGGAGGGUUACAAGUUUCUACCAAACUUGAGAAUGAUCAGACUUUUUUACUUGACGAACCUAAUCAGGACACCAGAUUUUGACGGGCUUCCUAACCUUGAAAGAUUCAUAGUUGAUGGAUCUCCGCUUUUAGAAGAGAUUCAUCCAUCAUUUGGACGUUUGGAAAAUCUAGUUUGUGUGCAGAUACAAGAUUGUGAAAAUCUUAAUAUGGUUCCACCCAUUACCCGGUCGAAGAAACUCGAGACUCUUGUAUUAGUCUCAAGUUGCAGUUCAUUUAAUAAUUUUCUACCUCACAACGUGAACCACAUAGGAGCAUGGUUUUUUGGUGGAUGCUUAAGAAAGCUGGAUCUCAGCUGGUGCAAUUUGGCAGAUGGAGACAUCAAAUCUGCAGCUAUUUGGGAGUUACCCAACCUGCAAGAACUCAAUCUUGAAGGAAAUAGAUUUCUAUGGUUGAAUUUUAAUCUCUGGCGACUUCCUCGGCUCAAAUUGCUGAACGUGUCACAUUGCAAAAAACUUGUAGAAUUGUCGGAGCUGCCAUCAAGCAUAGCUGUUGUUAUUGCGAAUAAGUGUAGUUCAUUUCAAAGCUUUGGAGAUAUUUCAAAAUGUAAAUGGCUGUGGAAAGUCUCACAUUUAGAGGAUUACAAUAUAGGUCCAAUUAUUGGUGAGAUAUUACUAGAUUCCAUGCUCCAGGGAAAUGCUAAAGAUUACUUUAUCAGUAUCAGCCUUUCAGGCUUUGACAUUUGGAGAGGGCCAUCUGUACUUUGGGUCGUUUGGGUGAAGACUUAUAAUAUGCCCCUUCCACAUGAUUGGUACAAUCAGUUUUCUGGGAUUUUGAUGUUUGUCAAACCCAAUAAGAAAUUUGAUGGGAUCCCUGACAUAACCAUCAAGCUGGGUGUCCUUGAAAUUAUUCAAUCUGAGCUUGAUCAGGAGUCUAAGGAAACACUUGAGACUCGUUAUCAUGAUACAAUAUAUGUAGGAUAUGUUUCGUUUAGUUCAUUGAGGCACACCGGAUGCUUGAAUUCAACAUACAAUUUCAUUUCCUUUUCCUGCGAUGAGGAUUUGUAUGGAGAUGGGCAUAGGUUUAGAGUUGUACUCGUUCCUAAAGAUGAUCCAAUGAAAACAACGAAAGUCACAACAGACUCCUCAGAAUUUUGGGAUAAUAACAUAAAGACAUUUGUUGUUAAACAUGACUUAAACUCCUCUAUCGAGAUUUUAUGGAAACCAUAAGUUGGUAGACAUAAUCCCAGAGUUUUUCCCUCAACAUAAUUUUUUGCGUCAUCAUUAAUUAUCUGUUGUAUCUCUUUCCUUUCUUGAAUUGGUUACUACCAACUAAAGUUUAUGCUAAUUAAAGAAGUAUAAUCAAGAGUCACUUUAGUCUCCAAUUCUUAGAUG